AGAGAGGGAGAGGGAGAGAGGGAGAGAGAAGUCAUUGUCCGGACAGCAGCAGCAGCAGCAGCAGUAGUUUCAGCAGCAGCAGCAGCAGCAGUAGUGGUGACCGGAAGAGCAGUCCGGUACCUAAACGUUCACCUGCUGCUAUAAUUCCUGAGGAAAGCGCGGCGGAACCAUGCGACGUGUCAGAGAUUUGCGCGAGCGUCAUUCCUCCUCCGCGCCUUUCGCUUCAGGGAGUUUACGUGUCUGCGCGCGUCGACGAGGAACUCAUGUGUAGCCGCGGACGAAGCGCUCAGUCCCGCGGAGUUGUGAAGUGUGUACCGUGAGCUGUCACAUGGAAGAAGAAAACAAAGCAUAGAAGCAGAAAAGUUCGCGUGGGUCACUGAACGCAGCAGCAGCAGCAGCAGCGAGGACGUGUCUCGCUCUCUCUCUCUGAACCAGGAGCGAGGACGUGUCUCGCGCUCUCUGAACCAGGAGCGAGGACGUGUCUCGCGCUCUCUGAACCAGGAGCGAGGACGUGUCUCGCGCUCUCUGAACCAGGAGCGAGGAUGCAGGUGAAGAAGCAGCGGCAGUCUGAGCGCAGCAGCGGGGACACGCUAGCGAAAAGCCCCUCAUGCUUCUCAAAUAUCAAGAUCUUCUUGAUAUCGGAAUGCGCUCUCAUGCUGGCUCAGGGCACUGUUGGAGCUUAUCUGGUGAGCGUGCUGACCACCUUGGAGCGGCGAUUCAACCUGCAAAGUGCUGACGUCGGUGUGAUCGCCAGCAGCUUUGAGAUCGGCAACCUUGCGCUGAUCCUGUUUGUCAGCUACUUUGGGGCCAAAGCGCAUCGGCCCCGCCUGAUAGGCUGCGGCGGCAUCGUCAUGGCACUUGGCGCUCUCCUCUCAGCACUCCCGGAAUUCCUCAUAAAUCAGUAUGAGAUAGGAGAAAUGUGGAGGACUGACCUGGGUCGGGAUUACUGUGCCAACACCAGCAGCAGUGCUCAGAUUGAGGAUGCUGUGUGUGCUGACAGGGCUAACACUAACAUGAUGUACCUGCUGCUGAUCGGAGCGCAGGUCCUGCUGGGGAUCGGGGCCACACCGGUACAGCCGCUGGGAGUGUCCUAUAUUGAUGAUCACGUGAAGAAGAAGGACUCCUCUCUCUAUAUAGGAAUCCUCUUCUCCACGCUGGUGUUUGGCCCCGCCUGUGGCUUCAUCCUCGGCUCCGUCUGCACUAAAUACUACGUGGACGCGAUCUUCAUUGACACGAGUGAUCUGAGCAUCACUCCAGACGACCCGCGCUGGAUCGGGGCCUGGUGGGCCGGCUUCCUCCUGUGUGGGGCCUUGCUCUUCUGCUCCGCUGUCUUCAUGUUCGGUUUCCCUCAGUCGCUGCCGACCGCCGAGAGAGAGGAGGGAGUGGACAGCGAGCAGGCGAUGCUUCCGCCCUCUCUCAGUUCAGAGUAUGAAACUCCAAAAAACAGCAAUGGAGUUGUACACUGCCACGAGCUCCCCAACAGCGCCACCUGCUGUCAGCAACUCAAAGUGAUUCCAAAGGUGACCAAGCACCUGCUGUCAAACCCAGUGUUCACCUGCAUCAUUCUGGCCGCCUGCAUGGAGAUCGCCGUCGUGGCCGGCUUUGCAGCCUUUCUGGGGAAAUACCUGGAGCAGCAGUUCAACCUCACCACCAGCUCAGCCAACCAGCUGUUAGGCAUGACGGCGAUUCCCUGUGCCUGUUUGGGGAUCUUCAUGGGCGGUCUGCUGGUGAAGAAGCUGAACCUGUCGGCGCUGGGAGCGAUUCGCAUGGCCAUGUUAGUCAACCUCAUAUCCACCGCCUGCUACGUCUCCUUCCUCUUCCUGGGCUGUGACACGGGUCCCGUCGCAGGAGUGACGGUUACGUAUGAAAACCACACGCUGCAGGUGGGACAGAAACCAGACGCUCAGUGCGUCAGUCACUGCAACUGCUUCACCUCGUCCAUCAGCCCCGUGUGCGGCUACAAUGGCGUCACCUACCUGUCUGCCUGUUUCGCCGGCUGCACCCGAGCAGGAGGCGCUCGAACCACUCCCAGCAUCGCCCAGAACCUGACAGGAUGUGGUUGUAUAUCAGCUGAAUUUGCCACAGCGGUUCCUGGAAAAUGUCCGACUCCGGGCUGCCAGGAGGCCUUCCUCAUCUUCCUGUGUGUGAUCUGUGCCUGCAGCCUGGUGGGAGCCAUGGCCCAGACUCCGUCUGUCAUCAUCCUCAUCAGGACUGUGAGCCCGGAGCUGAAAUCAUACGCACUCGGACUGUUGUUUCUGCUGCUGCGACUCCUCGGAUUCAUCCCUCCUCCUCUCAUCUUUGGUGCUGCCAUCGACUCCACUUGUCUUUUCUGGAGUUCGGAUUGUGGCAAUAAAGGGGCGUGUCUGCUCUAUGACAAUGUGAGGUACAGGCAUCUCUACGUGAGCCUCGCCAUCAUCCUGAAAGGCGUGGCCUUCCUCCUCUACGCCACCACGUGGUACUGCCUGCGCAGGAACUACCAGAAGUAUAUCAAAGGUCACGAGGGUCACCUGACUCCCACAGAGUUCUACCCCUCGCUCACAGACGGCCCCAAAACUGUGGACCGGACAAAGUUCAUAUAUAACCUGGAGGACCACGAGGUUUGUGAAAACAUGGAGUCUGUUUUAUAGUUCAUCAAAGACACGAGUGAGGACGCUCGUGUUCUCUCAGAGGAACAGUUCAUGCUUUCUUGAAAUGAUGAGACUUUCUUGUUGUUGUUGUUGUUGUUUGUUGUCUGACUAAAGCACCGCGUGUCACCGCGUGUCACCGUGCUGUCCGUCAUACGAGACGUUUACACUCCACUUCACUCCAUGCAAAACACUGGAAAGGGUCCAUUUUAGCUGCUGAUCAGCCAGCUGUUGUCCUGUGUUUGCUGGUGAACUGGUGUGUGCGUGUGCGUGUGUGCGCGUGCGCGUGUGU